UCUGCUGGGCCAGGCACGCUAGCCGAUUUACUGGUCUCGUUCAGUUAGCGCUCUUGUAGGCCUAGACGUGCGCUGCACAGGUCGGCUUUCCUACAACGCUAUCGAUCCGAUGCCUGCCGUGGUCUGCUGGCUAGCGCUACCAGAGUGCUGUGAUCUUCUGACCCUGCCGUGCAAAACCUUUGUUUAUACCUUGGCCCUGAGACUAUUUUAUAAAUCACAGGGAACAAACGACAACAUGGGAAGAUCCGCGGCUGCGAUACCCACAGUUACAGCAGGGCAGCUAUGCAAAGUACUACCUCUACGGCAGUGGCAAGCCCACACCAGGCCAGGCAGCGUCCAAGCAAAAGUAUUUUCAAGAUGACCUUGCAAUGGCCUGCCCUCCAUACUAUGGCAUGGUCUACUAUCCACCACCACCACCUUCAACGACAGUUUCUAAUUCAACCACAGCAUCACCCAGGGAAGGCUUCUACACUGCAGCAGCGAGACCUGUGGGCACCUAUUCACCUUACUUUGGAAGUCCCCGAACACCAUAUCGUUUCAAGUCUGGCACAGCAGUUCCAGUUGAUGAGCAGCUUCUCAUGAAACUUUGCCUUCAAUUUCCAACUGUAGAAGAGGGCCACAUCUUCACUCUGCUAAAGCAAUACCACAACAGGGACAAUGUCGUGGUGAGCGCUUUGCUGGCUGAGGGACAUCCACGUGCCCAGACACACCCCAGUGCCCAUGAGCAUUUACCUCCAAAGCUGCUCAAGGUCGAUGAGACUCUUGUAACAAAGCUCCAUGGCUUCUUCCCAACAAUCGAUCAGGAAACAAUAAGAGGUCUUCUUUACAAGCACAACAACCAAGAGCAUGAGGUUAUUCGUAUGCUGGUGUCGGGCCCCAACAAUUACAUCAUCCGGCACCAGAGUGCAGCACCAAGCUCACCAAAAAUGAAGCUGCGGUAUCUCAAGCUGCUGUUUCCUGAAGCUGACGAAGCAAUGCUCUUCAACAUGCUCUAUAACUGUGAUAAUAAUGCCCAGGAGGCCAUGACAAGGCUGCAUGACCUGGGCUACAAGAAGCGCGAUGCACCAUUGCCCAAGGGCACGCCCAUCAAACAGGUGGCACCUGCCAAACCGCCUAUUAUGGAAUUUCGCAGGCCCUCCCAAGUGGUACCACCCACCAAGGCAGAUCGGCAGAAGCUGGUGUCACAACUGCAUGAACAGUUCCCUGCGGUGUCCCAGACAUUGCUCAACAUGGCCCUGGAGAGCAGCCAGUACAAUGAAGACAGGGCCAAACAGUUCCUCCAGGCCAUGACUCCGCAGGACAGCCGUCCACUCCUUGGUUCUGAGGGCAUACAGCCAGGAGUGUUGGUUAAGAGCACUCCCCCCGUCCCACCACGAAGCCGCCAUGCCUCCCCAGCCCAGACUGAUGGCCUGACCCUUGUCACCAAAUCUGCACCGUCCACUAAAGAGGGGUCCUCCAAAGAAGAAACCCAACUUAUAACUGUCAGUGACAAGGCUACAUCCCCACCUCCUAAAUCGAUAACUGAACGAGCAUUUAGGCCCAAGUUCCUUCGGAAGUUGUUCAAGUUCUCUAAAGGUACCAGCACCCAUGAAGACCAGAUGACGCAACCUUCGAGUCGAAUAUGUCCUAAGGGGCCCAAUGCAAGUCUUCUUAAAGGGCCAAAUGAUGGCAACCUCUUGCGUGAGUACAUGCCAUGGCAGGGCCCGGACCCUGACAACCGACGAGGUCCUGACCCAAGCUUGCGACGAGGCCCUGACCCCAAGAACCUUGCCAGUAAGGAAGGAGCCACCAAAGCCAGAGGUCCCCAAGCAUCAAGCUUGUUCCGCCGAGGGCCCCUCAAGGACAUAACCUUCCGCUCCUUCCUCCGAGGUUCCUCACUAUCUUCAGGUGGUAGUGACUCACCACAGGGCUCAAAGUCCUCCUCCUCCCAGCAGUGAUCAGAACAGGACUGUACUCAUAGGCUCGACUUUGUGCGGUAGCAAAAGCCAAGGUGUAGUGUCUUGCACAUUUUGUUCUCUUUGGGUGAAAGCAGUGCAUAGAAACUUCGCUGUUUCCUUGUUUUGUUUUUCACCCAUUUUCACAAGAACAUGACUAUGACUUGUCCCUUGCAAAAUACUACUAUUGGGCAAAAAGCCCUAAAUUCAUAUUUUAAAACUGACAAGCAAGCUGCAUCUGGCAUUGAGGGCAGAAAAAAACCUAGUGCAGACAUGCAGCACUGCUGCUCCGUGUGGCACAUUUAUGUUAAAUGUGAUGACUUGCCAUAGUAGUAGAAAAUGAGACAUAAUUUUUGCCCUUUUUGCUUGCAGGAGCUGGAGGUGUCUAUAAGUGGAAAUUGGGAAAACUUAGUGCUUCACUAUCACAACAUUUGCACACACCAACCUGUUAAAAAUACCAAGGUCGAAAUGCUGGCAUGUUAGCGCAGCCACACGAAGCUGCCAUCGAGUGCAGGGCCAUGCCCUUGGUGCCUACUUGGUACACAUGCUCACCAAAAGCUUGUCAAAGCGUCAGCCUUGAAAUAAUGAGAAGGGAAGUGUGUAUGCAGUGUGAGCAGGACCCGAUUCGUUAUAGCUGGUGCAAGUCGAAGCCAACUUUAGAUGUGCAGCAUUGCUUGCGCUCAAAUUGGCGAUGAUGCUUUUUCAUUUUCACUGGUUGAACUAAGCAGGCUAUUAAUGUUAAAUCCUCUAUUUUACAGUAUACACUACAAAAUGUCUUGGUUCAAAAGUUGAGCCUGAAGAAAUUAUUUGCAUUUGCAAAAAAAGAAAAAAAAGUUGUUGGCGUAAGUACGGGGUGAUUAUUUUUAAGUUUUAUGUAAUUUUUAAAGAUAGCUUGUUGCAUAUAACAUAAU